CAUAUGAGUACCCAAUCUACAGCCAAGACAUCAUUUUGUUUUUUUGUAAUUGUUGUAUUUCUAUAAUGCACUUUAUCUUUCUCUGCACACUGAGCAUAAAUAUUCAUAACAUAACUUUGUUUAGGAAGGUUUCCAAAUGAACCAGUAGACUACUUUCACGGUAGGCUACUAUUUUUCCAAUAUAUUUGUCUGAAAGUAUGUUUUAUCUUCUCUUUUAAAAGGCAGACAGAGGGAAUUGGAUGAGGCUCUUCUGAACAUGGUGGUGAAGGAUCUGCAGCCCUUCACCAUCGUGGAGGAUGAGGGUUUCAGGGCCUUUGUGAACAAGCUUGAUCCAAGCUAUGUCCUCCCAUCCCGGAAGGUGCUUAAAACAAUGGUCAGCGAAAGGUACAACACAACCAAGGAGAAGACAAUGGAGGACCUACAAAAGGCGGAAUUUGUUAGCCUUACGGCUGACAUGUGGUCUUCCAUUAAUAUGGAUGGAUAUCUUGGUGUAACAUGCCAUUACAUAACACCAGAGGCAACAAUGGCAACUGUUUUACUGGGUGUAAGGAGGUUUUACCAAACCCACACAGCCCAGCAUCUCAUGGAGGCUAAAGCCUUGCUAAUGGCUGAGUGGGGAAUAACCUCCAAAGUUCACUGCAUGGUGACUGACAAUGCAUCCAACAUGAUCCUAAGUGCCCAGCUACUCAACCUUCGCCAUGUCCCAUGUUUUGCUCAUAAUUUGAAUUUGAUAGUGAAAAAGGCCCUGGAUCAAACCCCAGUCAUCAAUGAAAUUCGCCAGAAAGCCAGAAAGAUAGUGGGGUUGUUCAGAUCCAGCUGCAAAGCAAAGGACAAGCUUGUGGAGAUGCAGAGCUUGAUGGGCAGACCAAGUCUGAAAAUGAUACAGGAGGUUGAAACGAGAUGGAACAGCACAUUCGACAUGCUACAACGCUUGUAUGAGCAACGUGAGCCAGUGGCUGCUGCACUUGCCAAUUUAAACAGUGAUACUGCUCCCCUGACAAGUCUUGAGUAUGACAUUAUUCAACAGUCAUUGACACUUCUUCAACCAUUCAAACUAGCAACAACAGAGAUGUCAGAGGAACAGAGAGUGUCUGCUUCAAAGCUCAUACCAUUGUACAGGAUGUUGCAGCACAAGCUUGCACAGAAAAAGGAAAUGCAACGCAGGAAUCAACUGUACAAUUAGGCUCACAUCUACAAGAAGGUCUGCACUCCAGAUGUGGAGGGUACGAGACUUUUAGAGCCUUGGCACUGGCUACACUGCUGGACCCAAGGUUUAAAAAUGUGGCUUUUGGAAAUCCUGCCAAAGCCCUGGAUGCUGAAAAGCACAUCACACUGGAGUGUGCUUCACUGAUGCGUUCAAACACAACUCCUGAACCACAAAUGUCAACAUCAGGCCCAUCAUCAACACCAGUUGAAACACAAGACAGUUUAUGGGAACAUUUUGACAAUCGUAUCCGUGAGACCCAGAUGAUACACAAUCCUACAGCUGAUGCCACAGUGGAAGUGAAAAAAUACCUC